CAGUUGAUCGCCAGACUCGCACGUGGAACUACAAGUGGAUGAACUGCCCGCGCGCUCGGCCCAGCCCGGCGUUUCCUUUUAAAACGGUUAUGUCUCGAGCCCGAUGCAGUCAGCCGCCGCGCGCUCCUCGGCUUCCCCCGUGCCGGAACCGCACACACUCAGAAGCGUGAAACACUUUGUGAGGAUGCACCCCGCCGCCUAACGUGGCUCUGUUGUUAUCUCACCCCCUCCCCGCGCUCUUUGCACAGAAGCAUGGUGGAUAAAGGCCCCUUGCUGACUUCCGCCGUCAUAUUUUACCUCUCCGUCGGGGCAGCCAUAUUCCAGGUCCUGGAGGAGCCCAACUGGAAGCUGGCAGCAAAGCAGUACAGAGACCAGAAGGACAAAAUCCUGGAGGACCAUCCCUGUCUGUCCAAGGAGGAACUGGACAGGAUACUAGAGGUGGUGUCCGACGCUGCAGGCCAAGGCGUUACCAUAACGGGCAGGAAGACGUUUAACAACUGGAACUGGCCAAAUGCCGUCAUCUUUGCUGCUACAGUCAUCACCACUAUUGGAUAUGGGAACAUCGCCCCCAAAACGCCCUCCGGCCGAGUGUUUUGCAUCUUCUACGGGCUGUUUGGAGUGCCGUUGUGUUUCACCUGGAUCAGUGAGCUCGGGAAGUUCUUUGGCGGCAGAGCCAAGCACCUGGGCCAGUAUUUAACCAGAAAGGGAUUUUCGCUGAGGAAAGCUCAGUUUACCUGCACGGCCAUCUUUCUUCUCUGGGGUGUGCUGGUCCAUCUGGUCCUUCCACCUUUCGUGUUUAUGUCCCAGGAGGGGUGGACAUACAUUGAAGGGUUGUAUUUCUCAUUUGUCACCUUGACCACUAUUGGUUUUGGGGACUUGGUGGCAGGAGUGGAACCGACUAAAGAGUAUCCGACGCUGUAUCGUUAUUUCGUGGAAGUGUGGAUUUAUCUGGGUCUGGCCUGGCUCUCGUUGUUCUUCAACUGGAAAGUACGGAUGGUCAUCGAAGCCCACAAGGCCUUGAAGAAACGACGCAAGCUUCGGAAGCUCUCCCUGGAAGAGAUGCGGCACUACAAGGAGUCUCACAAAGCUUCCCCUCGUUUGCCGCCCUCUCCCGAAGAUCUCAACAUCUUUAGCUUCAUGUCCAAGAAGCAGGAGGGCUACAACGACUUAAUAAAGCAGAUUGGCAACGCCGGAACAAACGGCACCGCUGGCAGCGCCAACAAGAAGAUGAAAGACAUUGGCCGUUCUCAGAGUUGCACCGACGCGCCGAUGUUUAACGGUCACACCAUCCUCCGCCUGGACCGCUCGCCUCGCCAAAAGAGGCGCUACAGCUUCAGCGAUCGCGUCACGGUGGCCUUUUCAAAGUCUAAGAACUACCUUCUUGGUUCUGACAAUGGCUUGCUGCUAACAGAGGGCCACAUGGAGGGUGACCCAGAGCUGGACAAAGACCAGCUGUAUGAGAACCAGCUGGAUAAGGACAUGGAUGUGGAGAACAGAGGAGGCGGAGACUGUGGAGCAGGAAGUCUGAGGACGUGGGACUCUAAAGAGUACCACCCUCUGUCGAUCCAAAACGCAAACAUUACUUUUAUUGAUGAGGAAAACUUCCUCAGCAAUAACUUAGAGGAGCUGGAAGAAGAUGGCAGCGAUGAUGAUGAUGAUGAUGAAGGCGAUGGUGAUGAUGAUGACUCUAAAGCAAAAAUCUCCAUCAUGACUUGUGAUGAAAACAUGGAGGCAAACAUUAAGGAGGAUCGGACUUCUGAAUCAGAAGGAUCCGUCUUCACCAGUGACGGUUCGGCUCCCAGCCACUCCUACGAGGAACUGGUGGAGGAAUACGCGAAGGAAGACAACACGGAUGCUUGAGCCUCACCUGUUUCAUGUCCCAACAGUUCACUGGUCCUGUAGCAUUCACCACUUCAUAGGAUAGGAGUCUGCCAAGCUAAAGUCGAACUUAAACCGCUGAUCUGUGAAAAUCUGUGGAAGAAAUGAACUUCCUGUAAGCUCGUGAUCAAAUCUUUAAGAUCUCUGCACACGGACUAGAGAGCACCGCCUGUAGCCCUAGCAGUAUUUAACAGCUGCUCUCCUUGAUUCUCUUUAUUUUUAUACGAAAUCAAAGCCUCGCAUGUUUUAUCGUAACGUUGUCCAUGAGUGAUUUCUGUUCCUUCUUAAGGGCUGAAACUUUAUGUGGAAAUGUGCUCGAGUUCCCGUAGUUUCAACGAUUGCUGUUCACCAUAUUGGUGUUUUAACGAUAUUUAUUAUGAAGGACGUGGUAGCUUCUGUUGGGCUGCUACGUGGAUUUACGUGUCUGUCGUUGCACACAUCAGUCAGACGAGGGUAAAUCAAAGUCCACUCCGGAUUUGACCGUCCCUCCGUGACCUGAGCCGACCAUGUGUCUUAAAGACAACGGAGUGAAACACCAGCGCUCCUGUUGUUCCGCUUAUUUUACUAGAACCUUCUCGGAACCACCUCUGUUGACGUUAUGAGCGACCGAAACGAUGACUUCUUGAUUUUCAGUGUUUCCAGACUUCCUGUCAUCUUUGUUUUCUACCUAACAGAGUUGGCGGUUAAAAAAAAUCUAAAAAAGGAGAGAUGACUCUUGACUUUUGCACACUUUUAGGAGAUGCCUCUUUGAAAAUUCUCAUGCAUUUGUGUUUUGUUACUGUCCGCGAGCCGGUUGACAGCUCUGAAGCUUCAGCUCUUGUGAUUUUGGGGCUUAAAUGGGGAUGGAACCUUAACAGCAGCGACGUUUCUCGCCUUCUGGCCGUGUAGCACUCUUUCUCUUGAUUGUAUUUGCCGUGUAAACGUUGGUGGAGAGCCCGCCGGGAGCCACAGACCCAGCUGUGCUCGGGACAUGACCUCGCUGCUCAUGUUUGCUUUUGGGGGGCUCGCACUGACGUGGAUGAAUGAAGCGCCGCCGCAAAGGUUACGUCGUGGCAGAUCGAUGCUCGCUUGACGUAUGUUUGAGCCAUCCGACCAAGUCAUUUGUAAUGGUGCUAGCACCUCUUUUCAGUUUUUAGACGAACGAAAAGUCCCCCAAAAAAUAGUUUUCCACAUCACUUUUGAAAUCAUUCACCUUUUGCACGUAGCUUCUUGCACACAGAUCCAGAAUGGUGCUGCUCGGGGUGAUUAAGCAACACGAAGGGCUACUUUCAAUUGUUGUUCUAGCCAAGUUUUUUAGUGCUAAAAACUUUCUAAAAAAUGUUGUUUUUUUAACUCUGUGCACGUUGUGACUGCAGCUUCUGCCUUACUGUUGGAGGAAGAGCCUUAUCCACUGCAAAGCGGACGCCCACUACCGUUCUGCUGAAUGUACUCUCACAGAGGUCUUUUAAUGUUUUUUUUUUUUACACCUGGGGUUUUUCCAUUUCCCGCUCUGUUCUCUUUCAUCACUGGUGCACUUUGGCUUGUGAGCCUUUCUUUCACCAGUUCUUUAGCAAGUAAAGGUACUUAUCUGGGCUACAUUUCUGAACCAGAACACGUUCGACUGGUUUGUUUAUCCACCAUGAGAAAACUCCCAACAUUCAUGUUUUAUAUGAUUAAAUUAUUUGUAUGUUGAACGUUUGAAUGUGAAUUGUGUAUUUCUUGUAAAAUAAACAAUUAGUAAAUA